AUCCCCGAUCUGAUCUAACGGUCCUCCAGCGUGCAGUCUUGGGGAGAUCGUAGCCGACCCGCCGUCUCCCUAGUAAGUAGUCACAGACUCACAGCUCACAAAACUCACGAACCGCACGCCACCCGGAAGGCCGGAACAUCGGAUCCACGCUCCCCUUUCGCCGCCAGGUUCCUCCUCCUCCUAGAUGGCGCCGCUGCCGCUGCCGCUGCCGCCACCGUCAGAGAAGAGGCCCCCUCGCUCGCUCUUUGAACUCCCCUCUGACUUCUUCGAUUCAUCCGUUCUUCUCCGGGCUCACCCCUCCACGGCCCCCUCCGCGGUGGAACCGUCCGAACCCUCCCGGCCGCCGCCGACUCAGCAGCAGCACCAACAACUUUCAGAGGCUGCGGGGUCCAGGUGGACGUGCAACACAUGUGCCUCCGAGUUCGAGUCGCUACAGGAGCAGCGCGAGCACUUUAAGUCUGACCUGCACCGCCUCAACGUUAAGUUGAGCAUGGCUGGUAAAACUAUUAUAAAGGAAGAGGACCUAGAUAAAGCAGAUUCUGAUUCUCUGUUUGAUGAUUUGGAGAUAUCUAGUGUCUCUGGUUCAGAGGACGAACAAGAAAAUGGACCUGCAUCAGAACGUGUACUCUCGGUUAAAGGCAAGGAAGAAUUCAGGAAGAAACUUUACUUUCGUUGUGCAUCGGGUGAAAUGAUUUCUAUCUAUAGAUGCAUGCUGUUGAAAGAACAUGAAGAACCAUUAAUUGAUUGUAAGUCUGGUCAGAUGGAGAAUGCAUCUUGUGUACAGGAGGAGGAGAUGAUAAAUAGGGUGAAGUGUUUGGCUUGUGAACCCCGUGACACGUCACAUUUGAGAAUUGUUCUACUAACAAGCGGUGGGCAUUUUGCUGGAUGUGUGUUUGAUGGAAAUUCUAUCAUAGCUCAUAAAACAUUUCAUAGGUAUGUCGUAAGAGCAAAGGCUGGUAAAAGGCAAUCUGGAAAAGAUGCUACUGGAAAAGUUGCACACUCAGCAGGUUCUUCUCUACGGCGCUAUAAUGAAGCAGCACUGAAAAAGGAAGUUCAAGAAUUAAUUGUUUCAUGGAAGUCAUACUUUGAGACAUGUGUUUGUGCCUUCAUUUAUGCUCCAUCUAGGAACCGCCAGAUGCUCUUCGACGGGGAGAAGACUCAGUCAGUAAUUCAGUCUUGUGAUGUUCGUCCAGUUCCAUUGACUGUUCAUCGCCCCACCAUGAAGGAAGCGAAACGGGUAUAUUGUAACCUAACACAACUCUACUAUGAGAUGGAAUGUUCAACCACAGAUGAAACACUACCUGAUGCUGGAAGUGUGAAAAAUGUUGAACAAGGUCAAGGAAAAAAGAAUGAAGUGACUGCAGACCCUGGGGAAUCUAUUUCUGACUUGUCUGCCCGUUUGGAAUUGUUGAAUAAGAAUGAAGCAGCAACCAUACCAUCAUCAAAGAACGAAACAACACCUCUUCAUGAGGCAGCAAAGUGUGGCAAUGCUCAGCUGACCCUGGAGUUACUUGAGCAGGGUUUGGAUCCUUGCGUAAAAGAUGCAAGAGGAAAGACAUCUUAUUCGCUGGCUUCAGAUAAGGAAGUUAGGAAUACAUUCAGAAGAUUUAUGGCGCUCAAUCUUGACAAAUGGGACUGGCAUGCUGCAGAUGUGCCUAGUGCACUAACAAAAGAAAUGGAAGAAUCACAAGCUGCAAAACAAGCAGACAAGGACGCCAAAAGGAAAGCACGUGCAAAGGAAUUGAAGAAAUUAAAAAAAGAAAGAGAAAAGGAAGAAAAGGAGAAGGAGAAGGAGAAGGCUAAGGCUCAAGCAUCACAAUCACAAUCUGAUGUUAAAGGCACUUCGAGCGGCCAAAUGGCCAACAGAACUGCAACUGCGCCAGGCCUUGUACCAAAGCAUCAGACGCCACAGCAAAUACUUAUAGCAAAGGAGGAGGAACGACAGAGAAAACAAGCUGAAGAAAGAGAGAAGAGAGCAGCUGCAGCAGAGAGAAGACUUGCGGCUCUCGCUGUCCAAUCUGCCGGAACGAGCGCAUCAGGUGCAGCAGCAACAAACUGCUCCGCGAAGAGGGCGGCACCAGAUGACAAUUCGUGUUCGUGCUGUUUCGGUUCCUUGGUCGGCAAGGUGCCAUUCCACCGAUACAACUACAAAUACUGCAGCACUACAUGUAUGCAUCUUCAUUCAGAAAUGCUGCAGGAUCUCGACCGGCACUUCUGCUCGCGCCUCGAUCAUCACUUGGCUGCAGAAAUGGCAGCCGAUCCUUCGUCCUCUUCCACGGGGCAACAAACGGCGGACAUCCGCGCGGCCCCGCCCGAGGACUCGAGGCAGAUGGCAAUGAGCGGGCCGCUCAAUGUCCGGGGCGACCGGAGGCCGCCGCCGAUGCAGAGGGCCUUCAGCCGGCAGGUCUCGCUCGGCAGCGGCGUGACGGUGCUGGGCAUGGACAGAGCGGGGAGGAGCGGUGGCGCAAGGGGCCAACGGACCCUCCCCCGCAGUGGUAGGAGCCUCGGGGUGCUCAACCACAGCGGCGGCUUGGUCCAGGCCGCCGGCGACGGCGCCGCGCGCAGGGUUGGCGACUUCAGCAUGUUCCGGACCAAGUCGACGCUGAGCAAGCAGAACUCGAUGCUGCCGACGAGGAUCAGGGAGUCCGACCUCGAACUGCCCACGCACGUCGAAGACCCGCAGUCCGCCAGCAGCAGGCCGGCGGAGGACCCGCUCAACAAGAGCGUCCCCGCCGGCCGCUACUUCGCGGCGCUCCGUGGCCCUGAGCUCGACGAAGUCCGCGAUACUGAGGACAUCCUGUUGCCCAAGGACGAGGUGUGGCCGUUCCUGCUGCGGUUCCCGAUCGGCUGCUUCGGUGUGUGCCUGGGCCUCGGCAGCCAGGCCAUCCUGUGGGGCGCGCUGGCGGCGAGCCCGGCGAUGCGCUUCCUCCACGUCACGCCCAUGAUCAACGUCGCGCUGUGGCUGCUGGCGGUCGCCGUGCUCGUCGCGACGUCCGUCACCUACGCGCUCAAGUGCAUCUUCUACUUCGAGGCCAUCCGACGCGAGUACUUCCACCCGGUCCGCGUCAAUUUCUUCUUCGCGCCGUGGAUCGCGGCCAUGUUCGUGACCAUCGGCCUACCCCGCUCCUACGCGCCCGAGCGGCCGCACCCGGCCGUGUGGUGCGCCUUCGUCCUGCCGCUCUUCGCGCUCGAGCUCAAGAUAUACGGGCAGUGGCUGUCCGGCGGCAAGCGGCGGCUGUGCAAGGUGGCCAACCCGUCGUCCCACCUCUCGGUGGUGGGCAACUUCGUCGGGGCCAUACUGGCGGCGAGGGUCGGGUGGACGGAGGCCGGCAAGCUCCUGUGGGCCAUCGGGGUCGCGCACUACAUCGUCGUGUUCGUCACGCUGUACCAGCGGCUGCCCACCAACGAGGCGCUGCCCAAGGAGCUGCACCCGGUGUACUCCAUGUUCAUCGCCACGCCGUCGGCCGCCAGCCUCGCCUGGGCCGCGAUCUACGGCAGCUUCGACGCCGUGGCGCGCACCUUCUUCUUCAUGGCCAUCUUCUUGUACCUGUCCCUCGUCGUGCGCAUCAACUUCUUCCGGGGGUUCCGGUUCUCCCUCGCGUGGUGGUCGUACACGUUCCCCAUGACCACGGCGUCGCUGGCCACCGUCAAGUAUGCCGAGGCUGUGCCGUGCUUCGCGAGCAGGGCCCUCGCGCUGAGCCUCUCCCUCAUGUCGUCGACCAUGGUGUCGAUGCUGCUCGUGUCGACGCUCCUGCACGCGCUCGUCUGGCGAUCGCUCUUUCCCAACGACCUGGCCAUCGCCAUCACCAAGGACCGGCAAAACGGCGCGGUGAAGCCGAAUGACAGGGGGAAGAGGGCCAGCAAGAGAGUGCACGACAUCAAGCGAUGGGCCAAGCAGGCGCCCCUCUCCCUCGUGUCCUCAAUCACCAAGAGCCACUCGGCGGACAAGGAGGAAGAAGAGAGAACUGAAUAAGAAUGGCUCAUAUAGAUGGAUUAGGAUAUAUUAUUAUUAUUAUAUACAUUAGCCAGAAGAAAUGUAUUUUUCCCAUAAGUAUAGGAAGAACAUAAUAAUAAUAAGUGAUGCUAUACAUCUCUUACUUUAUUCCCUAAUGAUAUAGGGCAGUUCCGCAUAUGAAAUGGCCACCUAGAUCUACA